UCCGGGUGAGAGGUGCAUGGUCGCCCCAGCAACCGAGCCGCGUUUGGUGCUGUGCUGCGCCUUGUUCUCUCCAGGCCGCAGAGCUGGCGGCCCAGGAGGAAUCGCAGAGUCAAGACAAUCUCUCUAACACCUCUCGAUCAGCUUCAGAAGUAUAUAAGAUAAACUUCAUCUUUCCAAAUGGAGACAAGUAUGAUGGUGACUGUACAAGAACAUCCUCUGGAAUCUAUGAGAGAAACGGAAUGGGUAUUCAUACCACUCCUAACGGUAUUGUCUACACAGGAAGCUGGAAAGAUGACAAGAUGAAUGGUUUUGGAAGACUUGAACAUUUUUCAGGAGCAGUAUAUGAAGGACAAUUUAAGGAUAAUAUGUUUCAUGGAUUGGGAACUUAUACAUUCCCCAGUGGGGCAAAGUACACUGGAAAUUUCAAUGAAAAUAGGGUGGAAGGUAAAGGGGAAUAUACUGAUAUCCAAGGACUAGAAUGGAGCGGUAACUUUCAUUUCACAGCUGCCCCCGGCCUGAAACUGAAGCUCUACAUGUAGGCGUUCUGCAUUAAAGUCCUGGAAGCUUUUAGUUGUAAGGAAAGCAAAGCAACUAUAUCUGCUAUUUGAAAUUCACACAGUUCCUCUGUAUUGUAAGCUUUCCAAUAAAACCAUCACUCACUUA